AUGGGCAGAGAUGAUGUGGAGCAAGGGCAACUGCCUGAGAAAGCAAAGCCUCCUGAUGGUGGCUGGGGCUGGAUCAUAUUACUGGGCUGCUUCGUCAUCACUGGCUUUUCUUAUGGCUUUCCCAAGGCAGUGAGCAUUUAUUUCAAGGACCUGAUGCAUGAUUUCCAUGUGGGAUACAGUGACACAGCUUGGAUCUCAUCCAUCAUGCUGGCCAUGCUGUAUGGAACAGGACCUUUGAGCAGCAUUAUGGUGAACCAGUUUGGGUGCCGGCCUGUGAUGCUUGUUGGAGGGAUCCUGGCUUCCUCUGGAAUGAUCCUGGCCUCCUUCACCACCAACAUAAUUGAACUGUAUUUGUCUGCUGGAGUGCUGACAGGUUUAGGAAUGGCUCUGAAUUUCCAGCCUUCUUUGAUCAUGUUAGGAUCCUACUUCGACAAGCGCAGGCCACUGGCCAAUGGCCUAGCUGCAGCUGGGAGCCCGGUCUUCCUCUCAGCGCUUUCUCCACUGGGUCAGGUCCUGCUGGAAAAGUUUGGCUGGCGAGGGGGAUUCCUCAUCAUGGGGGGUCUCCUCUUGAACUGCUGCACAUGUGGGGCCCUCAUGAGACCCUUGGCGGUUGGCACAAGGGAGAAAAUCACGGACACUUAUGAAACUAAAGAGAUGCUGCCAAUGGGAGGAAGAGCAGAAGAGGUGGACGGCACCCUGGACAAUGUUAAGAAACCCAAGGAACUCAAAAAGAAAAAGACCAAGAAAACGAAAAGCUUAUUAAAUUUUUCAAUCUUCAAAAUCCGGGGUUUCAUCAUUUACACCAUUGCCAAGUUCAUCAUGGUCCUGGGCCUCUUUGUGCCCACAAUUCUAUUAGUCAACUAUGCCAAAGAUACAGGAAUACCUGACAAAGAGGCAGCGUUUCUUUUGUCCAUCAUUGGCUUCGUAGAUAUUUUUGCCCGUCCAUCCUGUGGGAUGUUUGCCGGGAUGAAGAGGAUACGACCCCAUGUAACCUACUUGUUCAGUUUUGCAAUGCUCUUCAAUGGCCUGACGGAUAUCUUUAGUGCCAGGGCCAACACCUACACAUCCCUUGUCAUCUUCUGCAUUUUCUUUGGUGUUUCCUAUGGCAUGGUGGGAGCUCUGCAGUUUGAAGUGCUCAUGGCUAUUGUUGGAUCACAGAAAUUCUCCAGCGCAAUUGGGCUUAACUUGCUCAUUGAGGCUGUUGCUGUACUCAUUGGACCACCUUCCGCAGGACGACUGGUGGAUGCACUCAAGAAAUAUGAAAUUAUAUUCUAUCUGGCUGGCUCAGAAGUUGUCUUGUCUGCUGUCUUCCUUGCUGUUGCUUCGUACUGCUGCCUGAACGUGAAAAAAGAAACUACCCCUCAGCUAGAGAAUCCAUCUAUAGUUAGAAGUAACAGUGAAACGGAAGAAGCAGAAGCAGAUCUACAGGAAGCAAAGGAAAGCCUUGACAAUGAUCAGUCUCUGGCCCAAAGCACUGACAGUGUUGGAAGUGACAGAGGGAAUCAUACUGCAAUAUACAAAAAUGGUGGACAGUCCAAAGGGGAGAAUAUAGCUCUGGUUCCAGAUGGUUGCAAUACUGAUCAGGUAGAGAAAAGAGUUUUAGCAACAUAGAGAUCCAAAAACAAACCAAAAAGAUCCAAGGACCUAGUGACAUCAGCACAUGGGAUCUGAUUUACUCAAGAGGAGGAUAUGGAAAGUAUAAAUUCUUGAAUGGUAGGAGGGCAGAGAGAGAA